AUGAAGAAGUCACUGGUCUUCCAUUUAUGUAGUCUGCUAUGUAGCAUGCUGCUGGUUUCACCAAAGGCUUCAUGUCUUUCUCUUCGGAAGAAAAGGGACAUCCAAGAUGGAAAUGAAGAGCUUGUUGGGACAGGUGUCCCUGAAUCACUGCCUGGUGGUUCACUUCUUCCAACACAGUCUACCAUACCCAAGGAUGUCAACAUGUCUUUGAUCUUGCCAAAUGUUGUGCCAGAAGAAAUGCAAAACAGCUCUGAACUUCUGAACACCAGCACUGUUAACACAAACCCAGAGGCAAAUAAUGUUAGUUUUGCUAAUGUAGCUGGUCCCACUACUCAGGUUAAACCCUCUAGUGAGGAUGGUCUUCUGUCUACUCCUGGCUCCAGCGCUGAUUACCCCACUGAUUUGCCAUCCCUUGGUAUACCUAUCCAAGGAGAUCCAAAGGAACCUAGCCAGUCUCAAGAUGAGAAGAGUGUACAUUUAGAUCAAAGCAAUUUGGACAAUUCAUCCCAGGUUAACACUAUCGAGAUGUUAACUACCAACCCCAGAACCAGCAUUUUCCAGACAGAAGACAACCAGUCCACCACUUCCUCUACACUUAUUGGUCAGAUGAUUACUUCUGUUAAUGCAAUAACAUCUGAAGAUCCUAUAGGCUUGGAAACCUCAACCUUAGACAACCAAAACAAUGGUAGUACAAUGUCACAAAUAAAUGAGGAAUGGGAUGACACCAAAGAUACAACCCUGAAUUCUAACAAAGCUGGUAGUGAUGUUAUAACACCAGUUCCAGACCAGGUGUUAGAAAAUGAAAGCAGUGAGACUACUGUGUUUACUAUUCAUCCAGGAGUGACUGUCCCUUCUGAUGACAAAUCUGUAUUUAGUACUGCCGAAAAGAUGCCUGAAGAAAAGCUAUCAUCUGAGCUUAGGGAGCCAGAAGUGUCUCUUGCACCUGAGACUGAUGACUUCCCUACACCACUACCAAGUACGGCUAUUGAUGAUGCCCAAGCUGAAGGUCUUUCAGUGUACACAGCAGAUGUCAAGCAGCCAGAUUUGGACAUAAGUGAGAACACAAAUGUCACUGUGGCUCCUGCUAUCAUAUUGGAUGUUGCAAGUCAAGAAGCCAGCAGGGAGCCUAGUGUGAUUGAUAAAGCAGAAGAGACCAUGAAGCGGAAUGCAACUCCACAGGUGGUGAUCCCCCGCAAUGAGUCUGCUACAGCUUCUCCGACUACUACGGCUUCGGUCAUACCUCUUGAAUUUCCUAGCACUGAAAGUACACUCAAUGGUUCACUCUCUGAGCAAGAAGAUGGUUUGGCUGGUUCAAUAUCUUCAAUUGUACCUAAAGCACCAGCAGAGACUGAAUCUACUACCAUUACAGUGGGCACAUCUGUCCCCCAAGUCAGUGUGUGAUGGCUCCCCCAACCAGAAGAAUCACAACAACACCAGGCUAUGGCCUGGACAGGCUGGAAUCAGAAGAAGGUGACGAGGAGGAAGAAGAUGAGGAUGAUGAAGAUGAUGAUGAGGUGGAUGAAGAUGAAGAAGAGGAGGAGGAGGAUGAAAAAGAUAAUGACUCUGUAGAUGACAGUGCAGAGAAAGGUUCUGACUUUCCUCUCUUUACUCUCCCUGGACUAUCCUCCCAAGAACCACUAGAAGAUGAUAGCAACAUCGCUCUCAUAGAAGGAGGCGCUUAUCCAGUGCCUGACACCAUGGAGUGGGAGGCAACAAAACCAAGGACUUGGUAAG